GGGCGGCCCCCGGGCUUGGACGAGGGCGAAGGCGAGGCGUGCGGGCGGCGGUGGCGCGGACGGGCGCGGGAGCCGCAACCGCCGCGGGGACGUACUGCAGUGACUCGGAGUUCGCCGUGAGCCGGCGCCGGACCAGGGGGCCUGCCCCGCCCGCCUCUCGGCCGGGACCGCCCGGCGGGGAGGCGCCCAUGCCGGACAGCCCAGAGCGGUGAGGGCGCGCGCGCGCGCCGGCGGGCGGGCUGGGGCUCAGCCGGCACCAUGUCCAUGCUGCCCACCUUCGGCUUCACGCAGGAGCAAGUGGCUUGCGUCUGCGAGGUGCUGCAACAGGGCGGCAACAUCGAGCGGCUGGGCCGCUUCUUGUGGUCGCUGCCUGCCUGCGAGCAUCUCCACAAGAAUGAAAGCGUGCUCAAGGCCAAGGCGGUGGUGGCCUUCCACCGCGGCAACUUCCGCGAGCUCUACAAGAUCCUGGAGAGCCACCAGUUCUCGCCGCACAACCACGCCAAGCUGCAGCAACUGUGGCUCAAGGCGCAUUACAUCGAAGCGGAGAAGCUGCGCGGCCGACCCCUGGGCGCGGUGGGCAAGUACCGCGUGCGCCGCAAGUUUCCGCUGCCGCGCUCCAUCUGGGACGGCGAGGAGACCAGCUACUGCUUCAAGGAAAAGAGCCGCAGUGUGCUGCGCGAGUGGUACGCACACAACCCCUAUCCCUCACCCCGCGAGAAACGCGAGCUGGCAGAGGCCACGGGCCUCACCACAACGCAGGUCAGCAAUUGGUUCAAGAACCGGCGGCAGCGUGACCGGGCAGCCGAGGCCAAGGAAAGGUACGAAGAGAACAGCGAGAACUCCAACUCCAACAGCCACAACCCGCUGGCGGCGUCGCUGAACGGCAGCGGCAAGUCGGUGCUAGGCAGCUCGGAGGACGAGAAGACGCCGUCGGGGACGCCAGACCAUUCGUCGUCAAGCCCCGCGCUGCUGCUCAGCCCGCCGCCGCCACCCGGGCUGCCGUCCCUGCACAGCCUGGGUCACCCUCCGGGCCCCAGCGCGGUGCCGGUGGCGGUGCCGGUGCCGGGCGGAGGAGGCGCGGACCCGCUGCAGCACCACCACGGCCUGCAGGACUCCAUCCUCAACCCCAUGUCGGCCAACCUCGUGGACCUGGGCUCCUAGAGCCCCGCCUGCCUCGAAGCACUGGCCUUCCCGGCUUGGCGCUGGGAACUUCAGAGAGACGGUGUGCGGAGGGCGCCCUGCGCCGGCGGCCCCACCAGGUACUGAAACACCCGCACGCUGAGGGGCAGAACCGCCGGCCCCGGUAGGGCGGAUGGCUGUCUGCUUUGGUCUUCGUUCGGGAUUUAUUUUCAACAAGUUGCUUUUGAGAUCCUUUGGAGGACUGGGACCGGGUAAUAAACCAGGGAAGGGAAUAAAUUAUACACCAUUCUCAUACACGCUCUCCCUGUCUGCUCUUGGUUUCUCUUUUCUAUUCUCUCUUCCCUUCCCUUGCCUUCCUUGCUCUUUCUUCCUCUUCCUUCUCUUCUCUCCAACUCCCUCCCCUUCUUCCUUUCCCCCUUUAGUCUCUCUGUGUCCUUCUGUACUUCUGGCUUGUCAUCUCUCACUAGGUUUCUGUUUUUCCGUCUCUGCUCUUCGCCACCCUCCUGCACUCUUAGCCCCUCGGUCUGUGCCUCUCAGUCUUAUUACUCCAGCCUGGCCUUCGGUUUGCCUCCCCCCGCCCCCAUCCCUCAUUUUCCUGGCGUGGGGAGUGGGAGGAAGAAAAGCAAAGGAAAGACAGGGCGUUUGAAACCAGGCCUUCUCCAGAGGCCCAUCUCCAGGGGUCAUUGGGGCUGCUGGUGUCAGCUUUGCCCCAAGAAACUUAAGUGAAAGAGAAAGGGCUGCCGUGCAAAGGCCCUGAAUGCCCCCUGCCACUGGCCUCUCUCUCUCUCUCUCUCUCUCUCUCUCUCUCUCCCCCUCUCUCUCUGUGAGGCCCUGCCCCUGCCCCUUCCUCCCGGGACUGCGGCCUCAGAGCUCCAGGCAGAGCGUGCCUCCCGAGCCUUGGACUUGCCCUCUCCCUGUUAUGCCCUCAUGUGAAUGUUCUUUGGGAAAUAUUUCUGCUUUUAUUUUAUAAUAAAAUUAGAAAUCAUAAAUAUAUAUAUGGAUAUAUACCACAAGGCCCGCAAGCCGUGAGUGCAACAGUGUCUGAUUUCCCUACAGGGACUCGACACCCGGUUGGACCGUUCUGGGCUGCGAUGCCCCGCGGGCCCCAAAACCUGGAGACGCCUUCCCACAUACACAACUGUAUCAGUCACAGAGGGAAGGGACUGAAAACUCGGAGACCUCUUCCCCCAAAUCCCGCUGUCCCUCUUCCUGUCCGGGAAGCUCCCUACAGAAGCAGAGAGGAGGUGGCCUGCUCCUCUUGGGGACUCCUCUCCCCCUACCAGUGUAGCCGUACCCUCACGCCUCUUUCUUCACCUCGGGGAUUCCAGUAGGAAAUGGGAGGCCUGAACAGAGCAUGGGUACUACCUGUGUUGGGAGAUAACGAAGCUGGGGAACAAAUCGGGCUGUGGAGGUUUCCUGAAGGGGUAGACUCCUUUGUGGUGGUAGCAGUCCCCAGAACCAGGCGCGACCCACCGGACAGAUUCAGCGGCCCCAAGGGCAGCCGCUGAUCCAGCCUUGAAGCCCGGGUCUUGUGUGUGUGUGGCGGUGGAGCAAAGGUCUCCAAGCUCAGAAAUCUGUCGGUUUGGAGUGGAGAUGAAGGUGUGGGGAGGAGGAAAGUCAGACGAGAUUCAGGGAGACUGGCUGCGCCCGCGCGUGUUCUAAAUUGGAGCAAGCGGGUGCCAGGGGGCUGGUUGGUCAAACCCAGGAGGCACCUCCGUGCGUCGUACGCCGGUGCUUCUGUGGCUGUAAAAUAACCUGCAGCGACCCCUCCCCUCUUGGGAACCAAGCCCCCAUCCUAUUAAGCCACACAUCUAGCCGGUCUAGGCGAAGCAGGAGGGACUCCUAGAGGAGGAAGUCAAGGCUUUUCAGGUCGCGGUCGCUGUAGGUACAGAACACGUCCCACCUCCGCGAUUAGGAUAUUUAGGACCAAACUUGCCGGUCCCGGACUGGAAGGGAUUAGGCGCCCUUGCAGCCAGAUGAUCUCAAGUGCGGGGACUCUGGGGACUUUCCUCUUUUGGUGAAAUCAGCGCUCACUGAAGACCCUUUGGCUCGGACUUUCUAAGUAUCAAGGAUUUCUUCCCAGUUGAGACCCUUGCAGACGCGGGCAGCUUGGACGGCUAACUUGCCGCGGUGGCUGUGCCUCGGCUUUCACACUGUGCCUGCCUGGAAAUCCAGGGAAUGCAUCGCCAGCCGGCUAAGACUGUUUCGCCUGCUCCUCCCGGACUUGGUCUGUGCCAGUAGGGCCCAGCCGCCCCAUCUCCACUAACUGUCCGGGGGAAGAGCCCGCUACUGCCCGAGGGUCUGGAGAAGCUCAAACGAGGCAGGAAGCUACCUUGAGUCAACCAAGCCCAGCCGACAGGCCCGGGCGUACUUCUGGGAAGGGGGAAAUGCAGUAGCCCGCCUCAUGCCUACCUGCCCUCUAUUUUCCAUACACACUCACAAGCAAACAGGCUGUGUACCCACUUCCACAAGGAGAGGAACAUACCAUUUCUAAUUGGAUUCACUGGGAUUGAGAGCCGGUUAUGUGUUAGGCAUUGUGGAUGGCAACCGCCUCACACAUAGUGGCCACACAGGGAAACAUACAGACUCUUUCACCCAUAGAUUCACAUGCACACGUACACGCGGAGAGGCAAACACACACAGACCCUCAAACUACUUUCACAGACACACUAACACAUGUCCUCAAGCGAAACAUAACACUUUCCUGCACAAAUAUACCAGAGAUACAUACACAAAUGAGCCCCUUCCAAAUACGUGCGCUCACACACACAAAUACAAAUAUACAUCAUGCUUCACCCCAGAAGCAUGAAAAUCCACACUCAUACUGUUGCCUCUGCCAGCAUUCAGUCCCAGCCCAGGCACCUGCUGGGGCCAGGCCGGUCUUCCAGGUCCUCGGCACAGGGCGACGGAGUUCCAGAGACAGAAAUGAUUCUAGCACGAGGCGGCAGAGGGCCAGGGAUCACACCUGCGGCCCCUUCUCUCCAAUCCGCCCAGGUGGGAUCUCUAGAGUUUGCUGGGAGCUCUCACUCGCCAGUAGGGGGCGGGGUGCUUGUCCCCCAG